GACUCGGUCUCUUUCUACCGAAUCUUGUGCGGCGUGUAGUGAAUGGAAACCGUAUCCUGUAUUUAAGAAACAUUUUCGCGGUUACAACAAAUUGUCAUUUUUAAAAGUCAUGGCUGGGAGUCUUAGAAACGUUUUCCGUCUUAAUUUGGGCCUUUUGAGUAGUACUCUAUCAAGAUGUACAUCUUUAAAUGUUUCCCCGGUUCAAGGAUUUCGAUUAUUGUAUACACAAGGCAGUAUUGGCAUGAAUGGGUACCUCAAAUUACGCGGAAUAUAUCAUAAACAAUUCUUGAAUGUAGAAACUACUUUCCGCGAUAAGAUGAAAGAAUUUGUGGAAGAUAAUUCUUCAAACAUGAUAUUCACCGAAGACUUAAAAGCAAUGCUGCACCUUGUCGAAAAGAGCCCAGAGGAUAUUGAACUUCUGGUAAAAAUGUUGAGAAAGUUCAAUUCCCAGAACAAGGAACUUCGUUUUGGCAAUUUUAUCUUUGGACCUGUUGUUAUGCGCACCAUGUAUCACCUCGAUGUGCCUGACAUAACGUUGGAACUAUUCCAUGAUCCAGAGUUCCAUAGCUUUUUCAAUCAGUUUAUAUCCUAUCAAAUUCUAAUGGAUAUGCUUUAUAACCAUGGAAGGUUCGAUGAUGUUAGGAAAGUAUAUGACUCUAUUAAAGAACGACGUACGGAUAAUAUAAUGUAUCCCAGACAUGCGACAAAUAUUGUUACAGCAGCAUGUCUCAGGCAGAACACGCCAGACAGUUUUGAGUAUGUUGUGAAUAUUGCUAAGGAAAUGAAAAAAAAUGGUCUUCUGUUACCGAACAGAACUAUUGGAUAUAUUGCAACUUUAGCUCUUAAGCAAGGCUUUCCGGAAGUUGCUCUGGAAAUGAGUUCUAUGCAUAGAAAUAUGAAAAGUAUUUCCUGCAGAUGUAUCAGAGUUGCAAGUUUUGCUCGGUUAAAUCGCUUGAACAGUAUUAUUCCAAUAAUUAGGAAUUCACUGGAUAGCGAUCACCCUACGUUUAAAGAAAUGUAUUUCAAAGAUGUGAUCGAAAUGCUUGACGAAGCUGUACAGAGAUCAUCCGAAGAUCAACUCAAACAAGAGGUUCAAAGGUUAUUGAAGGAGAUAAUUAAUCGUCAGUCAAUACGGGAGAUGACUUUGGAACAGUACGUUCUCUCAGAAAUUGAUCUUACCCUUAGAAACAACCUUGAUGGGGAAACCGAUCAGAAUCAACUUAGGUCCUUCAGACGUCCCAUGAUGCAACGUAAGACCAUGAGGGAACAGCUCAUUUAAUUCCAUUCAUCAUUAAAUAAUUCGUAGAAUUCCGAAAUCGCGAAUAUAAUGUUAUAGUCCUAAUUCGAUCUCGUAUCACAAUAAAACGAAUUCCAUUAUUCUAUCUUCUAUGUA